AGCCUUCGGGCACUUCGCAUCCAAGUCGAAGUCAUUGUCGAAGAAAGGAUCAGUUCAUUUGCUAGGUGCCACUCUACUAUGAGCUUCACUGGUCCUUCCGUUUCCCGUGGUGGUAGAACUGUCAGGAGGGCACUUGAGUUCGGAAGAACCUAUGUGGUCAGGCCGAAAGGCAGGCACCAAGCUACUAUAGUUUGGCUACAUGGCCUCGGUGAUAAUGGUUCAAGUUGGUCCCAGCUCCUGGAGACUCUCCCUCUUCCAAAUAUUAAAUGGAUAUGCCCAACUGCCCCGACUCAGCCAAUAAGUAUAUUUGGUGGCUUUCCAUCAACUGCUUGGUUCGAUGUGGGUGAACUUUCAGAAGAUGCCCCUGAUGAUAUAGAGGGUUUGGAUGCUGCUGCAGCACACGUUACAAAUUUGCUGUCAGCAGAGCCUGCUGACAUUAAACUUGGUGUUGGAGGCUUCAGUAUGGGUGCAGCUACCUCGCUAUACUCUGCAACCUGUUUUACACAUGGAAAAUAUGGAAACGGAAACACGUAUCCUGCCAAUUUGAGUGUGGUUGUCGGGCUUAGCGGAUGGCUUCCAUGUUCAAAGACUUUGCAAAGCAAAAUAGGACACGAUGCUGCUGCAAGGCGUGCUGCGUCUUUGCCUAUUUUGCUAUGCCAUGGCAAAGGUGAUGAUGUGGUUCCAUAUAGAUUUGGUGAGAAAUCCUCUCGAGCACUGAGUUCAAACGGAUUCAAGGACACGACUUUCAAAUCCUACAAUGGGCUUGGCCACUAUACGAUCCCGGAGGAGAUGGAAGAAGUCUGUGCUUGGUUAACUUCAAAACUGGGGCUCGAAGGUCGAUCCACGUAAGACGUGAAAACUGUUUUGCAUCACUUGAAGCAAAAUCGUUCUGGUUAUGGGUGUCAUACAUGGUAUAGAUGAUAAUUUUGCAUACCCUGUUGUUUCUCGUGUAGUUGAUAUUUCUUAAUUGGUUCUGGUACCUUUGCUUGAACUCUGUGACAGAACACGAUAACAUGUACCGACUGUAAAUUUUAUGUUUCGCCAGUAUAUUUCGAUAUUUUCGCAUUCGAAUACA